CUGGCUUCAUCAACGUCUCCGACAUAGGACAUCCGCCCCAGGAAGGAGAGAUCUCUGGACUUUACUUCUCGAGGGAUGGAAUGGCUCCUGUAAGUUAAGUUAACAUAAAUAUUUAGUUGAUUUUUAAAUUGAUUUUCUGUGGUACCGUCUAAUAUCCCACUAGACUGCGUAUUCUUUGUUUGCAUCGGUAUUUCCUUUUACAAAAUUAUAAUCAAAGAGUUUCUGCCUAGCAAAGGCUGAGGUGAAAAUUAUUUAUUGCAAAUAAAUCUAUCGACUUCUAAUUUUAAUUUAGUUUUAUUGGUCGUGACUCCCAGUGGAGCUAUGCCAAAGAAGCAACCUAAUUUGUAAUAACUGUUAAGAGUCACCAAAUGUUACCUUGUGUUGUUUUAAGUUGCUCUUAUAGGUCCCCUGUUUUACUUUACGUACAUUAUCACAACACAAUAACUAGCCAGGCUCUGCUGACGGACAAACUUCGGGUGAAAGAGGACGUUAAAUGAUUAGAGGGUGCCUUUUAUGCUGAGUACAGGGAGGCGUGUCCCUUCAUUCUCAUAUGCGUCGCUUGGGACGCUUGGCCAGAAUGAGUGCAUUGUUUAAGCUGGGUCAUGGUAAAGGUGACCAGGCUAAUUUCCAUUGAUCAUUGAAUCAUUCUUAUUAGUGUAAGGCCCAGCUUAAUUUUGUAAUAUCACGUGGGGUAGCAAUGGAGCGAGUGUGAGCCAGCGGGUCUCAAAAAUAACUCUUGACUAAAACCUAUACUAGUAGCUACCGAAUUAUCAUCUCCUACCAAAAUUCCAAUUGUCAUAUCCUACUAUAUCUCGCAUCGUAAUCUACUACUAAAUAUCGCAUUUUCAUCCCCUAUCAAAUCUAGCAUUUCAAUCUAUUACUAAAUCACUAAUUGCAUCUCUAAAUCUCGCAUUGUCAUCUCCUACUAAAUCUAGCAUUGGCAUCUCCUACUUAAUCUGGCUUUUGCAUCUCCUACUUAAUCUCGCAUUGGCAUCUCCUACUUAAUCUCGCAUUGGCAUCUCCUACUUAAUCUCGCAUUGGCAUCUCGUACUUAAUCUCACAUUGGCAUCUCCUACUUAAUCUCGCAUUGGCAUCUCCUACUUAAUCUCGCAUUGGCAUCUCCUACUUAAUCUCGCAUUGGCAUCUCCUACUUAAUCUCGCAUUGGCAUCUCCUACUUAAUCUCGCAUUGCCAUCUCCUACUAUAUCUCACAUUGUCAUAUCCUACCAAAUCUCGCAUUGUCAUAUCCUACUAAACCGCGAAUUGUCAACUUUCGUGUUUGCCAUUUUACUUAUUUCGUUCCCGAGUAUGCGUCUGACUUUUGGAAGCCCCCUGACACAUUUCGGUUUCAUGCACCCCCACCCCUUCCAUCUACAUAUAAUAAUAAAUUAGUUAUUUUUCCAAUACGUAUAAUCUUUGGUCCAAUGAAAAGAACGAGACCCACAACAGUGGCAAGGAUGCAGGCCCCCACUUGACGCCCAUGUUUCUGACUAUAGUGGUUAUUUUAAUAUUUACAAAACAUUUUAAAAAGUGUUUGUCGUUUUUAUAAAUGACACAGGGCGCCAGGGCAAAACCUGGAUUUAGCAAGGGCGAAAAAUGUUUGACAAGGUUUGAGAACCACUUUUUGUUAACAGUUCGAAUUUUUUAGAGUCGGGAAUAAAUUUUACAAAUCUAACUUUUAAAAAUUAUGAUAAAAUAUUUUUAAUCCAUAAACCCAUUGCCUUUUUUUUUGGUCCUCUUCAUAAACACAACUAUUGAUUUGCUCUUAAGUCGAACUGUUGCUGGCGUGAUUUUCUGGUUACUGUGAUCAUAACACUAGUGGUUAAAUUGCCGGUGAAAAACGAAAAAAAACACCCAUUCACACAGUUUUCAUAUUUGCAACAUUUUUGAAGGCCAUUUAAGAAACAUAGCAAGAUUUAUUAUUAUGAUUAUUAUCAUCAUUUUAUUAUUAUAAUUUUAAUAUUAUCAUAUCGUUAUUAUGAUUUUAUUAUUAUCAAUGCAAUACGAGAAUCUAACAAAGGCUUACAUUAUUUUAAUUUUCCAGAUUCCGGGUACAAUAUCAGAUCUGAGGACAGAAGCCUGCGCUCAGUUAUAGCAACUGCCUCCGAAUUCCUGCCGAUGUCUAGCGCGGGACGACAAGAUUAUUCGUGUCAAGUGCAACAUAACCAUGAGAACUUAUUUUUCCUUCCAGCAUUUAUUGAUAGGUUACCACACUUAUCGUUAUACUGAUAGUAACCCUACAGAGCUGCUUCCUACUGUUUACAGUAAGUGACACUUGCCUCAAGCAUUUUAUCACAACUUUAUUGUUGUUAAAAUUGCAUUGCUGUAAAUUGCAAGGCUUGCUGGGGUCACUACGGUGAUUCAACAGUCUUUGUAAAGAGUUUAAAGCGUUCAAGUUUGAGCUGUGUCAAAGUGUGUGUGUUGAGCGAUUUAAUGUGUAGCGCCCUACCAUUACUCACACUUCCCUUGUUUGUGAAACCUUAUUUAUUUUUUAGCUUGUCCUAAAGAAUGGAUAGGGUCAUCCAAUUCCUAGAAUUUUUUCGGGAUAAAUCUAACACACUACCUAUAAUUAAGCCGGCAGCUUUUACCUCUAGAAGCGAUUUGCUAGACACUAUUAUUGCUAUAACAGGAACUGUCAUUGUUGCUAUAAUCCACUCCCCUUUUGUUCCUUGCUAUAAUCCAUUCAUUCCCCGUGAUAGCAGAUAUAAUCCACCCAGUCCCUGUAAUCCAUUCAAUCCCAGAGAUUUUUGCUAUAUCCCACACCCUUUUCUGUGAUUAUGUUUCUAAGGGAAUUGAGAAUUAUUUUAUCCGUUUGUAAAAAGUAGUCAUACACAACACUUAUUCGUAUGUCCUAAGCAUGACCUUACAUGAGCCAUACAACAUCUUCUCCACAAUGAAUUCUGAAACUGUCAUGACGUCCCAAAUGUAGACCAAUCGCUACUGUCUCUGAAAUCAGCGUGCAUUGGGUCCUUGUUUUUGUCAAUUUGAUAAAAGUAAAAGUUAGUUGUGCCGUGUUCCGCUCGUUUUUUGGGAAAACAGGCUCUAGUGUCCGUGAACCAGUUUAUACCACGUGUCUAUCCUGUUAGCUUCUGGCACGUCACCGUGCUCUCCUCUGACGUCUCUCCACCGUCGGUGACUUGUGUUUCUGUGUAUGACUUGGCUGCCUCGGCUUUUUGCCAUCAGUGACCAAGUCUCUCAUUGUACCAAUCUAUAUGGGUUUUCUGCGCUUCAAACUUCAAGAUCACUAGAGCAAAUCUUGAAUAGAAGAAAAUAAUGACUUCUAGUACCACUAUUUCUCACGCUUGUGACGUAGUGUGCACACUUUCCCGUGCCCUGUGUAUAAAUCCUCUAGAUCCACGUCGUUAGUCGACGCUGAGAGAACCUCGUUUUGUGACAUUCAACUCAGUAUAAGUUGAGCCCCCCCCCCGGGUCCCUUGUAAUCCUUUCUCUCAGGUUUGCCGAGACGUGGUAAACAUCUUUACUGGGGGUUCUGCAAACCCAUUAAGUGUUUCUGAGGCAGCCCCUUUCUGAACAUAUUCAGGGCUGCAUUAAGUGUUUCUGUGGCAUGCCCCUUUCUGAACAUAUUCAGAGCUGCAUUAAGUGUUUCUGAGGCAUGCCCCUUUCUGAACAUAUUCAGAGCUGCAUUAAGUGUUUCUGUGGCAUGCCCCUUUCUGAACAUAUUCAGAGCUGCAUUAAGUGUUUCUGAGGCAUGCCCCUUUCUGAACAUAUUCAGAGCUGCAUUAAGUGUUUCUGUUAUUCAGAGCUGCAUUAAGUGUUUCUGAGGCAUGCCCCUUUCUGAACAUAUUCAGAGCUGCAUUAAGUGUUUCUGUGGCAUGCCCCUUUCUGAACAUAUUCAGAGCUGCAUUAAGUGUUUCUGAGGCUGCCCCUUUCUGAACAUAUUCAGAGCUGCAUUAAGUGUUUCUGUGUCAUGCCCCUUUCUGAACAUAUUCAGAGCUGCAUUAAGUGUUUCUGUGGCAUGCCCCUUUCUGAACAUAUUCAGAGCUGCAUUAAGUGUUUCUGAUGCAGCCCCUUUCUGAACAUAUUCAGAGCUGCAUUAAGUGUUUCUGUGGCAUGCCCCUUUCUGAACAUAUUCAGAGCUGCAUUAAGUGUUUCUGUGGCAGCCCCUUUCUGAACAUAUUCAGAGCUGCAUUAAGUGUUUCUGUGGCAGCCCCUUUCUGAACAUAUUCAGAGCUGCAUUAAGUGUUUCUGAGGCUGCCCCUUUCUGAACAUAUUCAGAGCUGCAUUAAGUGUUUCUGUGGCAUGCCCCUUUCUGAACAUAUUUAGAGCUGCAUUAAGUGUUUCUGAGGCUGCCCCUUUCUGAACAUAUUCAGAGCUGCAUUAAGUGUUUCUGAGGCAGCCCCUUUCUGAACAUAUUCAGAGCUGCAUUAAGUGUUUCUGUGGCAUGCCCCUUUCUGAACAUAUUCAGAGCUGCAUUAAGUGUUUCUGAGGCAGCCCCUUUCUGAACAUAUUCAGAGCUGCAUUAAGUGUUUCUGAGGCAUGCCCCUUUCUGAACAUAUUCAGAGCUGCAUUAAGUGUUUCUGUGGCAUGCCCCUUUCUGAACAUAUUCAGAGCUGCAUUAAGUGUUUCUGUGGCAUGCCCCUUUCUGAACAUAUUCAGAGCUGUAUUAAGUGUUUCUGAGGCAGCCCCUUUCAGAACAUAUUCAGAGUUGCAUUUUGUUACUGUUGUGUCAUUCAAAGCUAAAAUAUGUUGUUGAGGUAGGUACCGUACAUAUAGGGUUAACUUGUGAUGUAGGUCAUUUGAGUAGUUGGACUAUCCUUUCAAGCUAGAAAAUCUAAUGCAUAACGAUGACCUCUUAAGUUUAUUGCCAGACACACCGUUUUUUCAGAUUAAUGUUACUUUCCAAUUUGGUCCAAGAACCCUCUUUUCGGUUAAGACAGCUCCCAUAUGGCUACUCAUUACAAGUAUCACUUAAUUCAACGGCAAUAAUAAAUAUGAAUUUUGCUUACAUAUAUGUUUUGAUCGUAAAAAUAAUAUUAAAUUCCUGAUACUAUUUUAAGGAGACACCUUAUGCGGAAAGAGGAAGUGGUCAUGUUCAGUAAAUCAAGGUAAGGAAGGAAUUUUUAAAAUUAGCUUAAUAAAAGACUAUUGUUUCCCGAAAUGUUCAUGGUUGGGGGUGGGGGGUGGGUGGGAUGAUUGGAAAGCCAGCCGUAAAAAAAAUAAUAAUUUAAUUUUCAAGUUUAAAGUUACACAAAUACAAUGUAUUCUUUUUGUCAUUUAAUUUCUGAAUAAAUACUGGUUUUUUGUUGAGUGACAAGAUAAACAAGCAAUACGAUGUUGUUCUUUCGGUGGAAAAGUGGCUUAGAGUCUAAUUAAAUUCUAAUACUGAAACAUAGCACACUGCAAUAGCGCCACUGAAAAGAAUGAUGAACCCCCUUGGAAGACAGAGAAGGGGGCGACCAUGCAGAUCAGUGUGCAUCAAGACAGGUUGCCAUCAUGGAGGAUUGCACCAGAUCAAGCUGCGGACAGAGCGUUUUGCAUCAAGACAAGCUGCUAUCAUGGCUUUUUUGCACCAGAUCAAGAUGCGAACAGACCAGUUUGCAACAAGUCAUUAUGCCAACAGAUGCCAUUUCCAACAGUUCCGGAUGUCACAAGGUGGGGAAGGCUCCAAUUAUAACCAUUGUGAAUGCUGUAGAGGUGAUACAAAAACUAGUGACUGCUUUGCAAUGCCGUUGGAUUAUUGUCAUAAAGUAACUCAUGUUUAAUUUCUAUCCCUGAAAUUUGAUUAAAUUACAAAGAUCCAUCUCAUACGGAAAAUAUUUUUUUUACAGAUUUGAGUGACUUAAAGAACAUACCUAAAAAAAAAUACUUAAAAAAUGCCUAAUUUAAAUUCUAUCAUUAGAAAUCCUUUCUAAAUAUUGUUUUCAAUGCUUUUUACAGGAUCCAGUCUACUUGGAGGCGGCUAUGUGAUGUCUGGUAAGUUAUACAUAAAUUAUCUAUUCUAAUCGGGAGGUCGCUGUGUCUGGUAAGUUUUACAUACAUGAUCAAGUCUACUAAAAGGAGGCUAUACUAUGUAUGGUAAACUAUACAUAAAAUUUAUCUAGUCCACUAGUAGGAGGCUAUGCUGUGUCUUGCACUUUAUAAUUAAUUUAUCUAGUCGUCUACAUGGAGGUGGCUAUGCUCUGUCUUGUAAUUUAUACAUAAAUUAUCUAGUCUACUUGGAGGUGGUUAUGCUAUGUCUCGUAAUUUAUACCUAAAUUAUCUGGAAUAAUUGGAUACGGAUAUGGGAUCCUGGUAAGUUAAACUAAAUUAUCUAGUAUACUUGUAGUCAGCUAUGAUCUUUCUGGUAAGUUAUACAUAAAUCAUUAAGUCUACGUGGAGAAUGCUAUGCUAUUCCUGGUAAGUUAUAUAUAAAUAAUCUAGUCUAAUCGGGAGGCUAUGCCAUCUGCUAAAGUUAUACAUAAAUUAUAUAGUCUACUUUGAGACGGAUAUGUUACGUCUAGUAAGUUAUACAUAAAUACUCAUCAUUCUGACCAGUUUUAUUGCACUUGUCGGCAGCGACUAAAACUACUGAGGGGGGGGGGAGGGAGUGACGUGGAAUAAUGGUGUUGGAAAGUGCAACAGCAACGGCUUACUGAUACUUAAGACAUGUGCUGAAUAUUGCCUUCUAAUCACAAAUAACCCUGUCAUGCUCUCUACGCGUAACAGGACCACCUGGAUGCACUUCCGUUCAAAACACGGGCACUGAAUAGAUUAUGUCAUCAUCAGAAACAGGAACUGCAGGGUGUGAGGGUGACUAAGGCCAUUUGCGGAACAGAAUGCUGGACGGACCCCCACCUCAUCGUCUAAAACAUGAGAAUCCACCUCCCAUCUAAAGGACGACCUCAGGCCACCAAAGCUGCAAAACGCGUCACCAUCAGUAGGCUGAAAAUCUCUGAAGUGAGACAAACCUUUUUGACACUCUGAAUGAACGCCUUGAUACCAUCACACUGGAAAAACAGGACGAGGAAACAGUGUGGACCACACUUCGUAAGUCGGUGUAUAGCACAGCAGCUGAGCGCCUCGGACCCUCUACCAGGAAACAGCAAACACAAGGAAUUCGUUUGAUGAAAAUAACUCAGCGAUCCAAACGCUACUUGAGCAAAAACGUCGGUUGUACAAUGCCCUCCUUUGGUGACCCAAUUUCCACAGCGAAAUCAGCUUGCUUCAGUGAGGGAGGAUUAUCCGCAGCAAGAUCCGGUUGUAAAUGCACCCGAUGUGAGACUCUUUGCAGAGUGUGAAAGCUGACGAGAUUAAAAAAAAAAAAACCUCGCUCCGACAUGAUUCCUGCCGAAAUAUAGAAAAAAAGGUGGAUAAGGGCUAACAGAUAAGCUAUUGCACUAUUCCAGAUCAUCUGGCAGACGGAAACUUUACCACAUGACUUCAAAGAUGUCUGAAUUAUCCACAUGUAAAAACAGAAAGGAAAUCGCAAGGCUUGCGACAUUCCCACAUUCACUGCUGUCCAUCGUGUGCAAGAUCUUGGCCCAAGCCCUUCUGAAAGGCUUGAAUCUGGAGCUAGGUCUCCUAACCGAAAUUCAAUGCGGCUUCCGCAAAGAAUGCUGAACUAUCUAUAUUGAUUUUGCUACCAGGAAGUUCUAAGAAAAUGCUUUGAGAUAAAUACGAACCUAAAUACCAAUCGAAAUAGAUUAAGAGUGAUUGACAUUUGCGGUCUCGAUCUAAAUGAACCAACCAGAAAAUAUUUCCUUUAGAGGAUUGCGUUUUUAAUACAUAAAUGCCCACGUGCCUGCCUAAGAACUUUUCUGAUACUUUAGAAACAAAGCGGAAGACCAUAUUCUGUAUAUUUAUUUGUGUUAACGUGCUAAGCAGUUGAGUAGAUUUCGUUACUCAGGUGAUAUUUUGAUUGCCCCCCCCACCCCCGCAAUGGACCACUCUACCCUUUGGAGCUUGAAACUACGUUUUUGAGAGGUAAAAACUGCUAUGACACUAACUCAGCGUUAACCAGGUCUGAUGUAGUGAUAAUGUAGAAAUGUUAAUACUUGAAUACCCGUUUUACACUCUCUUGACUUUGACUGGAAAACUUCUGAUACACAUCUCGACUUCUACUUUCUACACUGUCUUGGCUUUGACUAGAAAAUUUCUGAUAGACAUCUGUUUAUAAAAAGUCCUUUUAACUUUUACGUUAUUAUAACCAUUUCCGAUGUCCAGUCAGGCUUUCGAUACAAUGCCUAGGCAGUUGGUCUUAAUGUCUCGUGUAAUUCACACCAUGGAUGGCAACUAAUCUAAGAGAAGGCAAACUCUUUAAUCGAAAUCAGGUGCUAGAGUCCAGCAGGCCGUUAGCUCAAUGAAAAUCCCGGCAACUUCUGAAAAGUAGAACGAAUAAAGUGCGCAUUGAAACACAAGAAACACUACUCGUCAUCUACUGCAUCCUGUACUACUCUAGUCAUCUUGACUUAAAUUAAGCCAUUGGAACAAAUAGUCUAGAAGGACAGCGUGAGAUUGACAAAUUGAGCAGCUCACCAUCUCUUAACUAAAUACAGCUGAAUUUGAAGCAUUGGUUAUCUUCGAAUUCCAAGAACGAACUAUAUUUAUGUAUAUUUCAUAACUUGACCGGCAUUACCAGACACUCUAUAGAAUGCCUAAGCAACAUGUUUACUUUCUAUUAUACUUUACACCUUGAUUAGUAUGACCAGACAUUGUAUAGAAUGCCUAUUUUACAAGCUUCCCUGCAAUAUGUACAUUGGCAAAAUGUUUGCCUGUGGCAAUAGACACUUUCUCAACCCAAGGGACAAUACAAUAGAUUCCCGGUUUCAAAAGAAUAUAAAAUGUUUUGCUUCUUAAUGUUCAUUAAACUCUCUUAUUUUUAUACAAACAUAUUCAACCGUUUCCUAAUUCCGCAGGUAUCGCCAUCAUCUGCACUGCUUUGUUCUUCACGGUCUCUUCGCUGUUUCCCUAUGGCCAAUGACAUCAACCACAUCGGAUGAAGCCUUGAAACUAAACGCUUAA